GAAGAGAGCCAUGCGUCACCAUUCAAAACAAUAAACUGCCGCCUGUCCGUCCGCCGCUUCUCCUCCUCAAAAUGUCUCAGAAUAAUCCCCCUAAAGACCAACAGACGUCGAGUCACAAGAAGACGAUUUCUCUGCCGAUAUCCAGGGUGAGGCUGAUAAUGAAGAGCUCCCCGGACGUUUCCAGCAUCAACCAGGACGCGCUGUUUCUCACCACCAAAGCUACAGAGCUGUUCGUGCAGCAUCUGGCUCGGUCCUCGUUCCUCAACGGCUCCGGGAGAGAGACCAACUCGCUGUCCUACAGCGAUCUGGCGAGCACCGCGGAGGAAACCGAGACCUUCCACUUUCUCACAGAUAUCCUACCGAAGAAGAUCUUGGCUCGAGAUUACCUCAAAUCUUUGGAAGAAAUGCAAGAAGAGGACGCUGAUUUUUAGGAAAUAGUGUGAAGCGUCUCUGUCUGGACAGACGUCACCACUCGUACGUGUCCCGCCUGUCUCCGGGAGCAAAGAGACUGUCUGAAGAGACACUUCAGAUCUUCUGUGUUGUCGAGCACGCUGACGAGUUUCAGCUGUUUGGGUUCAGUUUAGUGCAACUGAAAGUAAACCGCGAUGUGAAAUGAAGAGACGACUCGGAGAUCUUGUCUAAACGCGACAGCACUGAGAAUCUUAGACGAAUGUAGACGUUGCCCCUUUAUCAUUGAUAAAUGUUUGCUGCAGACUAAUCGUGUAGCGCUGGCUGAAAAAACCAGGCUUAGACAAAUCAUAUUCAGUGACUCCAACUGGUUUGUUGUUCAGAAUAAGUUCAUGUCAGCUUGUGUACUUUGGCUGUCUUUAAGUUUCUGGCUGCAGAAUGUUAACUUGUUGCUUGUUUUUGUAUCUACCACAAUCCAGGGGAAAGUUGAUUUUCCUCCUAACAGCUUUCAGACUUGGGACGAGUUCAUGUGAACGAACAGGACAUGGAAAUCCAUUCCGCACAGCUGGAGCACAGCUGUCUCCACUCCCAGCCGUCGCCUUUAAAAAGCUGACUGACGGCUUUAACUUUAACUGAUCUCAGAGGUAAACAUGCUGUUAGAGAUGUUAAGUUAUAUUUGAUGCUGGAGUUUUGUUUCUAAAACAAUGUGGUCAUGUGAGAAGAUUAAAAUUGAUACUUGAAUUUAAAAGUAAAAAUACCUCUGUUUCCUCCAGCGUAAGCAAAGCAGCUGAACCUCUUUAACAUGUAAAAACAGUCGAUAACCUUGAACAGCAUCUUCUUUGUGUACUCCAAAUUGUGUGAUUUAGAUUUGAUAUUAAAAUAAAGACUCAGUCCAUAUGAUA